AUGCCGCCCAGAUUGAGAUCUCGGGGCCUUCCAGCCAGUACUGUUGAAAGGGCUUCGAAGAGAGUUAAGAAAGAGGUCGCGGUGAAAAAGGAGACGGAGCUGACAGAUGGACAACUGAUCAAAAGCGAAAAUGAUGGCUCGACCGAGGUAUCAACAAAAUCUACCGUAGUAGUUAAAACUGCAUCUGAGAUUGAAGAUGGGACUUUGGUAACUUCUGUGAAGAGCGAGUCUUCUGAAAUAUUAGAUAAAAAGUCUUUUGUACCGCCUACGUUGAACUAUGAUCCGUUUAAGAUUAUAGAUAUCUCCAAGAUUAAAUCGGUUAGCGACAAAGAACCGAAGAAUUGGCGCGAUAUCUACUCUCAUGUUCAAAAGAUGCGUGCAAACACCAUGGCACCUGUUGACACAAUGGGCUGUGAACGUUUGCCAGAAGCCAUUAGCUCGACUAUCACACCAGCUGUUCAUCGUUAUCAGCUACUAAUUGCUCUUAUGCUUUCUGCUCAGACCAAAGAUGAAGUCAAUGCUCAGGCUAUGGCCACUUUGCGACGGGAAUUGUCUCCUGUUGGAGGCCUUACUAUUGACGGAAUACUUGCAACCCAAGAGUCGGAAAUUGACAGAAUGAUUUUCAAGGUCGGGUUUCACUCCAGGAAAGCUAAAUAUAUCAAACUCUCGACCCAGAUAUUAAGGGAUCAGUAUGACAAUGAUAUUCCUAAAACUAUUGAGGACAUGGUGUCGUUGCCUGGUGUCGGCCCUAAAAUGGCACAUUUACUGAUGCAUAGAGCUUGGGGUGUGGCAGAAGGAAUUGGUGUAGAUGUUCAUGUUCAUCGCCUGGCUAACAUGUGGGGAUGGACUGGUAAGAACUCAAAAUUAUUACCGACUCCAGAACGAACUCGCGAGGCUCUUGAGUCCUGGCUUCCCAAAGAGUUAUGGGUUGAUAUUAACCCUUUAUUAGUUGGUUUUGGCCAGACCAUAUGUAUUCCUAGAGGUCGAAAAUGUGACUUAUGCACUCUAGCCCCGACGGGACUUUGUAAGAAUGUUGACCGUUCUAAAUUUAAAAAGGUAAAGCGUCCCAUUCCUGACAUUGAAGAUCUUAUUUAA